AUGGCCUCCCUCCCCUUCUCCCUCACGCACCUCACCGACCUCCUCGACACCCUCGAAUCCCUACACACCAAAACACCCCCCCUCCCCGCCUCCACCCUCACCCAAAAGACCCACUCCCUCAUCACCUCCUGGUUCACCUUCCACCACCCCACCCUGCACAACCACCCCCGCACCCUCGCCGCCCUCUACUCCCUCCUCCUCCCCCACCUGCGCGCCGACCGCUCCUACGCCCUCCGCGAGUCCGCCCUCGCCCGCAUCAUCGCGCGCGCCCAGCUCCUGGGCGCCACCCGCGCCGCCGCACUAAACGGCUGGCGCGACUCCCGCGUCGACGGCGACUUUGCGGCCGUGGUGGCCCGCGUGCUGGCGCAGGCGGAGAACCCGGCGGAUAGGGGCAUCACCGUCGAGUAUGUCGACGGCGUGCUCGACCGGGUUGCGGCGAAGAGCCGCUUCUCGAGCGAUGGGCUGCGCGCGGCGCUGGAGGAGGGGGAGGGGGAGGGGGAGGGGGAAGGCACCAGGGCUGACAUCUUGGUGGCGCUGUAUCGGCGAUUGACGAGCGUGCAGGCAAAGUGGGUGACGAGGGUGGUGCUCAAGUGUUUGGCGCCUGUGGAGAUGCCGGAGAGCUACACACUGUCAGCAUACCACUUCCUGCUGCCACACCUAUUCCGGUUCCAGCAGGACCUCUCCAAAGCCUGCGCGCUCAUCUGCGCGCCCAAGUACCGCGUCCACGCACGCUUCCCGCCGCCCCAGGAGCGCGAGCACAUCCUGCGCUCGCUGGCCGCACAGAUCCUGAAGCCCGAGAUUGGCGUCAAGGUCGGGCGGCCCGAGUUUGUAAAGGCGCGGAGCUGCAAACACGCCGCCGCCCUCGCCGCCAGCCGCACCUUCUCCCUCGAGCGCAAAUACGACGGCGAGUACAUCCAGAUCCACAUCGACACCAUGCGCCCCUCGCGCGACACCUGGCUCACCCUCUUCUCCAAGAGCGGCCGCAACUCCACCGAUGACCGCGUCCGCGUUCACGACACAAUCCUCACCACCCUCACACUCCCCCCGCGCACAACCGCCAUCCUCGAAGGCGAGCUCCUCGCCUACAGCACACACACAAACAGCAUCCUCCCCUUCCACCACCUGCGCGCCCACAUCCACCGCGCCGGCACCUACAUUGGCGCGCCGCCGCGCGAGCGCUCAUCACACCUCAUGGUGGUGCUCUUCGACAUGCUGCUGCUCGACGGCGCCUCGCUUCUGCACCAGCCGUACCGCGUGCGGGUGCAGCAUCUCCGCCGUGUGCUGCCGCGCGAUGUGGCGGGGCGGGUGCAGCUCGCGGAGCGCACGGAGGUGGAUUUUGGCGUAGGCGGGGGCGCGGUGGAGGUGUUGAGGAGCUGGUUUGUAAGGGGUGUGGUGGCGGGGUGGGAGGGUAUUGUGAUGAAGCCGGUGGAGGGGGCGUAUGUGGAUCUGGGCGCUGGUGGAGGAGGGGGUGGGGAUGUGGGUGUGAGGUCAGUGGGGCAUGUGGGUGGUAGGGAGGCGUGGAUUAAGGUGAAGAAGGAUUAUAUGGUGGGGUGUGGGGAUACGGGGGAUUUUGCGGUUGUGGGGGCGAGGGCGGAGGGGGCGAGGGGGUGGCGGCUGGGGGUGGGUGUAAAGGCGCUGACGGUGUUCCAUGUGGGAUGCUUGACCAACAAGGAGGAAGUGAAGGGCGGGCGCGCGAAGCCGAGGUUUAAGGUGGUGUUUGAAGUGUGCUACAGCGUGCCGAGGCAUGACCUGGAGGAGAUCAAUCGGCUGGCGCCGUUUAGGACCGUGGCGUAUGAUUCCACAACAGCCCCCUUCACCCUCGACCCCCUUCCCGGCCUCACAACCCCGACACACCUCUUCCCCACCCCGCUCGUCUUCGAGCUCACCGGUGGCGGCUUCGAAAAGCACGCAAACACGCCCUACUACGUGCUGCGCCACCCGCGCGUGUGCAAGGUCUAUUUUGAGCGCGACUACCUCGACGCCAUGACGCUGGAGGAGCUGCAGGAUGCGGCGAGGGCCGCGGAGAGCUUGGGCGGUGGGGAGAGGGAGGAGGCGGAGAGGGAGAGGGCGUGGGUGGAGAGGAUGUUGGCUGCGGAGGGGGAAGGGGAGGGGAGGGGGGCGGUGACGGAUGCGGGGGUGGGGUUGGUGGAGGAGGUGGAGGAGGAGGGGGCUAGGGUGAAAAGGGCCAAGUAUGAGGUAUCUCCUGAGCCCGUAGAGCAGAGAUCUGCAGAGCAGAAGGCCGUAGAGCAGAAGGCCGUAGAGCAGGAAGCUACAGGACAGAGAGCUACAGAACAGGAAGCUGCGGAGCAGAAAGCUACAGAGCACAAGGCCAUAGAGCAGAAGGCCGUAGAGCAGAAGGCUGCAGAGGUUACUCCAGAGGUUGGGCGUAAGCUCCAGGAAGCGUCCCCCCCACCAGCACUAAUAGAGGCAGAAAACCAGCGCGCAACACCCACACCUACACCUACGCCUACGCCUACUCCUACACCUAAGCCGACAGAACAACCAAGUUCAAAUUCAGCAGUAGUGGCAGCUAUUUCACCAAUAAAGGUAAAAGAGGCUGCGGCGCCGCCUGUGCUUCGGGAGCUUUCCCCAAAGGUGAAUCCACAGGGACGAAGGCGCUCCUUGGGCGGAAAUAUGCCGUCAAAAAAGAAUCUAGUAGGGAGGAGCUCUGCCAAGGAAUUUGGUUUGUCUAAAAAUACAGCUAGUGGAAAUGGGAAUGGGCCUAUGGCUACGGUACUGGAAAACGAUGAGAACCAACAACCAAAGAUACCAGUACUGAAAACCUUAGAGCUCAAAAACGGGCACUCGCGUAUAUCCCCUUUGCUUAACGCAACGGUCCUGCUCCCCCACUACCUUUUCAAGUUCCCUGAGCUCAAGGCCAAAAUCACCGCCCACAAACCCGCAGCGGUGCACGCUCUUCCUGCUGCCGCCGAGGGUAUACCCCCGUUGAUGCCGCCGAGCAAGAGGUGCGUCGUCUUGGUUGAGCCGAAUAAAACUAGCUUGACGAAGAAGACGCUGAAGGCCUUGGCGGCGGCGGUGAAGGCUGUGGAGGGCGGCGGGUAUGGCUUUGAGGUGUAUGAUUGGAGGGUUGCGGGGAAGGUGCAGCCGGAGGAGGCGUGGGAGGUGGAUUGGAGCUUGUAUCAUGUUUGGAGCAUGGUUUGA